AGGCCGCGGCCGGUGAGGGCGGAGCGGACGCGGCGCCGCCGCCGCGCACAGCAGCCGAGCCCCGAGCCGAGCGGCGGCGGGAGGCGGCCCGGAAGGCGGCGGUCAGGUGUGCGCCGGGCGUCCCGGGCUCGAGGGGAGCGCGCGCCGUCUGGCUGUUCCCCGAGAUGUAAAGGGGGGCCCACAAAGGUCUCGCGCGCUGUCGUCCCCGAAGACCACCGGAGUCCCUUAUAGGGAGCCUAGAAAAACCUUCAGUAGGGCUGCUAACACUGAUGAGAGAUCUUUUAUGCCAAGAUCGUCGCUAUUUGAACAGACCACACCAUGCGUGAAUACAAGCUAGUGGUCCUUGGUUCAGGAGGUGUGGGGAAGUCCGCUUUGACUGUACAGUUCGUUCAGGGAAUUUUUGUUGAAAAAUAUGACCCAACAAUAGAAGAUUCAUACAGAAAGCAAGUGGAAGUAGACUGUCAACAGUGUAUGCUUGAAAUCCUCGAUACAGCAGGGACAGAGCAAUUCACAGCAAUGAGGGAUCUCUAUAUGAAGAAUGGUCAAGGGUUUGCACUAGUAUAUUCUAUAACAGCACAGUCCACAUUUAACGACUUACAGGACCUGCGGGAACAGAUUUUACGGGUUAAGGACACUGAAGAUGUUCCCAUGAUUCUGGUUGGCAAUAAAUGUGACCUGGAGGAAGAGCGUGUAGUCGGCAAAGAACAGGGUCAAAACUUAGCACGACAGUGGUGUAACUGUGCCUUUCUAGAAUCAUCUGCAAAAUCUAAAAUCAACGUUAAUGAGAUCUUUUAUGACCUGGUCAGACAGAUAAAUAGAAAAACACCAGUGGAAAAGAAGAAGCCUAAAAAGAAAUCCUGUCUGCUGCUUUAGACUCCCAUCGUGCAGCAGCUCUGAGCCAGAUUGCAGGAAUGAAGAACUGUUGCCUAAAUGGAAAGUGCCAGCAUUCCCGACUUCAAAACCUUAUGGAAAUUAAUGACAUAUCUGAAGAAACUUCUCCUGUUUUUAUAUACUAUGAGAAGAAUUUAGAUCUUAAAAUGGUUUGCACACAGUCCCUGGAAAAAGAAAUUGCUCUGUGUAUAUCUCUUGGAAAUCUAAGACAAUAGUACUCCUCCUUUGCAAUAGCAGUUAACAGCUGUGAAAAUAAAUAUAAUUGACUCUAGUGUAUGAUUAUACAAAGGAGCAUGGAUGCAUUUCAAAUGUUAGAUAUUGCUACUAUAAUUAAAAUUUCAUAUUGACCCUUUUAUCAUAAUUUCUCCCCAUCCAGCACUAAAAAUGUUCCACCGUUAUAUUUUAUAUCUAUAACUAUAGAUAUAUAUUAUCUGAAAUUUCCCUUUGAACUCACUGCAACAAGUAACUUUUUGAGUCAUUGACUUCAUUUUAUAUUUAAAAGUUACGGAAUAUCAUUAUUUUCAUUCUGCCAUUAUAUUCUAAUUAAAAAUGUUUGUGCAUAAUGCUUUGGAAAAAUGGGUCUUUUAUAGGAAAAACUGGGAUAACUGAUUUCUAUGGCUUUAAAAGCAAAAAUAUAUAAUAUACUAAACCAACUCUAAUAUUGCUUCUUGUGUUUUACUGUCACAGAUUAAAUUACAGCUUUUAUGAAUGAUUAAAUUUUAGUACAUUUUCAUUUUGUUUCUGUGUUUUUGUUAUGGUUUCCAGGCUUUGGUUUUUAUCCAUGUUUUGUGAAUGCCUCUUCCAUUCUGGUAGAUCAAGUAUUUUAUAACAAAUGCCACCAGUACGUCGUUAUGCCGAUGCGAUGUCUUCGCGCACCCUCCGCUUUGGAUGUAUUUAAUCAUACCACACACUAAAGUACAGAAGGCUACUUUUAAUUACCUUUGUAUAUUCUUUUGAAUGUUCGAAGAUUGUAUUCUGCUGAAAAUAUUUCCUCUGUACAAUUAUUUUUAUAUGUACAAAUUUGGUUGAAUACUGUAUCAAGGUCUGACUUUUACUGUGAUCCUCGGUUUCACACGAUCAUGUACUUUUUGGGGAGAAUCCCUGUUUUGACGAUGCCACCCGCUGGGCAGGAGCCCGUGAUGAUCCCUCACGGUCAGCAUCUCGACACGAAGCUGUGGAGUUGAAAGUUGGUUCUGUCUAAAUACAAUUUCAGCAAAGCAAAUAGCUGCUUUACACUUUUAGACAAAAUCUGGCUAACGUUACCUGAUCUGCAUAGUCAGCUGAAGGGGCUUUUUGUUUCCUUUUGGGUUUGUUUCUUUUUUUUUUAAAUACCUUGGUUUCAUAAAGUUUAAAAGAGCAGGAUAUGAAGAGACCCAUGGGUGCUCAGCCUCGAUCCUCCCGUGUAUAUGCAAGUAAAAGAACUGCCUUUGGGACCUGCGGGGCCCAAAUCGCAUCCUCAGUGUGAUGCUGCUGGAAUUCCUGCAGUGUUGGAGGACUUGCUCCUGCUUCGCUUCUGAGUAAGUGAGAAGAGAAAUGUAUCUUCACAGUGGAGAAAACUCAGGACGGACUUUGUCCUGGUUGUUUAAAUGGGAAAUCUAAAUGUAAUAGCUGGUGAGCAGUUGUUCCUGGACCCCUUGUAUAGUUUUAUUGGAAACCAGGGGGGAGAAAUUUCUAUAAAUAGGUUUUUCUAAAACUGUCUUACUGAUGCAGCUCUUGAAUUAUACAGAGAUCCCAGUUUCUACAUGCAGCCCAAACAAGACUGGAUGAAAAUAUUUGGAUGACGAUAAUGUGAAAACAUCUGCCUACUUACAAGCUACUAGGACAAAUGUAGUUACUUAGCUGGUUGUCUUCAACCUACCUAUGUGCUUCCUUUUUCAGGAGGAGCAGAAGCAAGGUAUUUGCAGGUUGGUUAUCUUUACUAAAUGUAAAAAUAUUUUAGUAAUAAAGUAAUUUUAAUGUA